AUGGAGUCGUUUUGUGUCCGGAGUGUCCUGGUGACUGGCUCUGAUCGGGGAGUCGGGCUGGGCCUUGUCACGCGGUUCCUGGAGAAGCAGAACCCACCAGAAUGGGUCUUUGCCACCAGCCUGGACCUUGAAGGUUUUUAUGGGAAGAAAUUAAGGAGGCUGGCUCUGUGUCAUCCAAACCUUGUUGUGCUGCAGCUGGAUAUCCGAGAUCUGAAGAGCAUAGAGGCUGCUGUGAAGAAGGUAGAAGAGCACGUGAAAGAGAACGGGCUGACUCUCCUCAUCAACAAUGCCGGCAUUUUGGUCAAAUUCACCAUCUUGGCCAAUGAGACGAUGGAGAAUAUGGCAUGCCUGUACAAGACGAACACUAUCGGGACCUUGCAAGUCAGCCAGGCGUUCCUGCCCUUGCUGAAGACUGCUGCCCUCAGAAGCCCUGUGGAUGGGCUAAGCUGUAGCAAAGCUGCCAUUAUCAACAUCUCCAGCGACUUCGGCUCCAUCGAGAAAAUGGCUGGUUGGCAUCUCUCACAAGUCAUCUCCUACCGUUGUAGCAAGGCUGCCCUGAAUAUGCUCACCAGAUGCCAGUCUUUGGGGUACAAACAGUUUGGGAUCCUCUGCCUUUCCGUCCACCCUGGCUGGGUGAAAACUGCCAUGGGAACUCUGCUGGUUCCGACUACAGUGAAGGAUAGCACAACAGGGAUUGUGAAAGUACUUUCCGCAGUCACUGAGCGAGACACUGGAUCUUUUCUUGACUGGGAAGGGAAUACUGUUCCUUGGUGAAUAACCAGGCCACAUGUGAUGAA